AACAAGCCAAUAGAGAUUUAAUUAUAUAGAUUUUAUGAAACUUUCGCCGACUUGUCUUAUUAGAAAAGUCCAAGUCUUUAUGAUUAUUUUCACCUGAGAUAUAUCCAAAAUAAAAAAAGUCUUGCAAACAUUUUUUUAUUAAGUACAAUAAGACGGAAAGUAGCACUAUCAUGUAGGUUAAUCAUUUUCAGAAUGAAAACAAAACAUUACCACAAGCCAAUAGGGAUUUGACCUUGCAACUUUUAUAGAGCUCUUCACGAUGCAUCUUUUGAAAAAAACCAAGGUUUUAUGAUUUUAUCUAAGUUGAAAUAUGUGUGUAACAAAGAAUGUUCCAGACAUUUUAGGGUGUGGGUGUGAGUAUACUUGUUGAAUUAACUCACACUCCCUCCCACACCCACACCCUAAUUUAUUCAACAAGAUCAAAAGAUAUAACAAAAGAAUAUUUAAUACAUAUUGAUAUUUAUGAAAAAAUUAAUUUUAAUUAUCGUGGAAGUUUAUUUUUACCAAUUAAAUUUCCAUUUUUACCAGUUGAACGUAUUUCUGUUAAACUUAAUUUAUCAAAUGAAAAUAAUAUUAUUCAAUAUUGUAAUGAUAAUCAAUGUAUUAAUGGUCAAUGUAUUCAAUAUUUAAAUAAUCCGAAUCAAAGAAAUUUUUGUCGAUGUAAAUCUGGUUGGACAGGAAAAUAUUGUAAUAUUUCAUAUGUAUCUACAUGUUCAUUUGAUUCAUUAUGCGUUGGAAUUGGAUCAAAUAAUCGAUCAAUAUGUAUAUGUCCAAUUAAUAAAUUUGGUUCUCAAUGUUUAUUAACUAAUAAUAUAUGUCGACGUAAGAAUCAAUGUCAAAAUAAUGGCUUUACUGGAAAUAGAUGUCAAAUAUCUGAUACAAAAAUUAUUCUUAAAUUUGAUAAAAAUAUUCUUUUAUCUUCAAAUUUAUUAAUAUUUUUUCAUUUUUUUCAUUUAUUGAGUAAUACUUUACAUAGUCGAAGUAUAAAUUUACUACUAAAAUGUGAAAAUGAUAGUUCACUUGUAAUAUAUUGGUCAAAUCCAUUUAAUAUUAUUUUUAUUCAAAUUUCACCAUUUGAAUAUUACUCAAUUACUGAUAAAACAAUUCAUGAUCAAUCAUCAAUUAUUAUUCAUACAAUUAAUCAAUUAGAUCGUUGUCGAUCUAUUUAUAACAUUUAA